CCUUCAUCGAUUCCACCCCAUCCACGGCCACUUGGAGGGCAGGACUCUGCUUGAGGCAUUGCUUCUGCUCUGGCUCCUCUCUUCUGGUUUGUACCCUGUGCCUUGCUUAGGAGACCCCACACACACUUGGCCCCUGGAAGAGCUGAGAUGGCCGGAGAAGGAGCCCUGCUUCACCUCUGCCUCUGGGCACUCCUUGCUUUGCCAGGUGCCAGAACUGUAAAAGUGGACACUUCCAUAAAUCUGGAAUACUUCCAGGAGAGCUUCCCCUCAGAGAAGAUGUCUGGGGAGUACUUGGAGCAGCUGAACAAUGAGGAGAUCUUCCAUGUGGACUGGGACAAGAGAGAGACUGUCUGGAAGCUGCCUGAGUACAAGACAUUCACCAGCUUUGACGCACAGGGCGCCGUGGGCAACAUGAACAUCAUGAAGCAUAACAUGGAGUCGCUGAUGAAGCGCAGCAACCGCACCCGGGCCCAGAAUGCUCCUCCUACGGCAACUGUCUUCCUGAAAAACCCCAUGGGACUGGGAGACCCCAAUGUGCUCAUCUGCUUUGUGGACAAGUUCUCACCUCCGGUGCUAAACAUCACCUGGCUGAAGAACGGAGAGGAGGUUUCCAAGGGUGUGACAGAGACAGACUUCUACCCCAGCACAGAAGCCACCUUCCGCAAGUUCUCCUACCUGACCUUUAUCCCGCAGCACGGAGACUUCUAUGUCUGCAAAGUGGACCACUGGGGCCUGACCCACAGUCUCACCAAGCUCUGGGAUGCCAAGGAGUCGUCUCUCAUCCCAGAAACAGCAGAGAACAUGCUGUGCGGCCUGGGCUUGGCCAUUGGUAUCCUGGGCAUCAUCGCUGGCACCAUCCUUUUCUUCAAGGCCAGGAAGAUGAAUGGUGGCAACCAUCCCAGGGGGCCCCUAUAAUUGGAAGCAGCAGAGAGACCAGCUCCUUCCUCUGACAGCCACUCUGCAAGCCCCAGAAGCUUGUUUCCCUCUUACAUCCCUGGUUAAAACUUUGCUGCCUCAAUAAGCCUGGCCCUUGCUCACCUGAUCUGCUCCUUUCCAUCCCAAGUGCAACGGAAGCAUGGCUAUUGUGCAAUUAGGUAAAAGCAGCAGAAUUAGGACUCUGGUUCACCAGGCACUUCCUAUAGCUCUACAUUUCUCCUAAAAAUGUUUCAACCAAAGUAUUAGAUCCAAAAUAUCUACUCAGAAGUAAGUGCUGCCUAGAAAAUUCAUCUAGAAUUGCAGUCUUCAAUGAAUAGAGGCUCCUGCCACCCCGUUACUGACAUUGGCCCUUUAAUCAGCAAUUGCCUCUUCCCAGCUUGACAGGAGCAUUUUAGCUACUUCUUUCCUCUUUGCAACCAGAGCAGUUAAAAAGAGCACAAUUAAUUGAAUACAGCUAAACACUGUUCAGCCAUAAGACUUGUAUACACUGUGCUUUUAAAAAAAGAUUGUUUUGCUUCUGCUAAUUCCAGGGUGGAGUGAAGACCUUUGCAGGUCAUGGAAGCUCUCCCCACAAUCCUUUGAAAGUCUCCCCGGUUGCCUGUUUUCUCAGAUUUCACCAAGCACUGCUUGCAUAUUUUUUGAGCCAUAAGGGAUAGAAACCUAUAUCUUCUGUUAAGGAAAACUGACCUUUUUAGAAGACCCUUGAUAUCGUGUGCAGCAGCAUGCCUGCAAAAUAUCCACAGGCCUGCCCAGGAAGGGUUAUGGCUGAGGAAGGAUUUAUCCUCUGUCUUAUUAUAUGCUGGAUGACAGAGAAGUUGCUCUUCUUACUGGGCAUUUGCAAAGAUGCAGGGUCAGGGCAGAUUGGGCUGCUUAGGCUCAGGGUGACUCUUCUGGGUCUGAUUGCAAAUACCCACAGUCAAGCAGCAGGAUGACAUUGUAGGCAGAAGCCAGUUCUCUCUGUCUCCUACUGUCCAAGGUGGAGUCCUUCCUCUUGACUCUUUCAUGCGGUGGCAUAUUUGAUAUUUGGAGAAUUUAGGAAGUGAGUUUCUGCCUUGCACUAAAGGCAACUGCAGGACAAAAGGAGAUUCUGUAGCACCCUCUGAAAUUCAUCUCUGGUAUCAGGAGUGGCUUGUCAUCCCCUAAAACCUUUACCUCCAUCUCCAGUUUUUGGAGUGAGUCUUGCUCAGUUCUGCACAUUGCACUGCAGUGGUGUAUCCCUCAUCACUAUCUCCAUGAACUCAGCCCUCAUUAGGAAGAAUUCCUUCCACUUCUGUACCAAAGGUACCAUUUCUCCAAGGCCCCCAGAGCUGCUCUCACCCAGCAAAACCACCACUUUACCCCAGAGGGAGAUGCAAGGUCAGACCUGUGUGAAUUGUGGGGAGGCAGUGCCAGAUUUAGGUACCAGCUAAUCUUAGUUAGCUACAGCUUAGGGCCUAACAUUCAGAGAGACCUCUGAAUACCAAAAAAAAGACUAAAUUUCAAGGUUUACAUAAUUGGUUGGAAAAUAAAAGAGAAAGAGUAAAAAAGAUUCCCAGACAUAAUUAUUCAGAUAAGACAAAAAUAGACUUAUAUGGUUACACAAAUAUUUAUCUAUUGAGUUUAUAAAUCUGAGCCGAAAUAACUAAGUUAUAUCAAAAUUUUAUUAGACCAGGGCCCAGUUUAGACCAAUGCCCACCAUCACAGUUACUAGUAGGGAUGGGCCUGGACUGGUCCGGAGGCCAUUGAAAAAGCCUCCGGACCGGUCCGGACCUGGGCGGUCCAGUUCGGGUG